UUGAAGGAGGUUAGUGAGCAAGUGGGAGCUUAACCAGGUUUCUUAGCUCUGAGGGUAUGGCAGAGUUAAUUAGAGUGUUGGUCCCUCCCUUUCUGGAACUGGUUGGACGGCUUUCCUGGCGCUCUCACCUGGGGCACUCCUUCUUUCCACUUGCAACCUGGAUAGUUGGCCUUCCUGCUGCUCAUUUUCCUCUUCCUCCUCCUUCCUUUAACUGGGUUUGUCUGUAAAUCCGCAUACUGGCAUAUGAAGGAACCUUUUUUUUUUUUUUUUUACAUGGCUGUUGCAACCUGAGCUUUGGGAUCCUUUUUUCCUCAGUUCUGAACAGUUCCCCAACUCCUCUCAAGUAAGUGCACCCUUUCAGCAGCCCCAACCCCAUGGUUUCCUCAGGACUGGGCCGUUGCCGGCUGGCCCUGGCGUUUGCGGUGUUCAUGGACGCUGCAGGCACCGGGGCACUGCUGACGGGCAUCUUUGCUAGACUGAGGCUGCGAGGUCGAGACUUUGGGGACCUUUUAAUCUACUCGGGUGCGGUGCUGGUGUUCCUGAGUCUGCUCGGUUGGAUUAUGUGGUACACGGGCAAUAUUGAGAUAGCCCCUGAAGAUCUGACGAGGGAUUAUCACGCCAAGGGGGGCACGCUAGCACGGCUUGCCAGGAAGAUCUCACGGACCUGGUCGCGACGCCAAGGUGGUGGGCUGGCCAUGAGGGCUGUUUCAAGCAGCCGAGAAGCAGCAUAGAGAUCUGUGAAGGUCAUAAAUGCGAGGAUUGGUCAUAAAGUUGCUUUUUCAUCACUGUUGUAACUGCGAACGGUUGCCAAGCAAGGCGGUCGCUACAUGAGAACUACCUAUAGUCUUAUAACUAUAAAAAUAAAAUAAAUAAAAUACAAUACUAACCCAAAAUACACAAUGAAAUAAAAUACUAACCAACCGGCAAUGGCUACUAACUGACUGAAUAGCAUGAGUCAUGUAUCAACAAGGAUCCUAAAACUGUAUGUAUUUUUGGCCAACCUCUGAAACUCUGUCAUUGGAAUGGAACUCUGGGUUUUAUACAGAUGAAGAUUCAUAAAAAUUAACAUAUUUUUAAAUAGCAUUUAAGCAUUUCACUUCACACAUGCACAUAGGGGUAUACCCCCACCCUCACUUCACAUGUUUACAGAGAGUCUCAAUAGCUUUGGCCUUUGAUCUGAGCACAUCCUUCCAGUCCUGGGAUUCUGAUUGCCAGUCAGGUUUCCCAGUUAUGACCCUACAUGCAUUGGGUCUUUCUCAUUCCCAGGAAAUGUACAGUGGGAAAAGAGAGGCGUGGUGCAUGGAUCAUGGGGGCCCAUGGGUGAGCGGGUAGGAUCCUAUUUCUCUCUGACCCCAAAUCCAGAACAUAAAUGCUGUUGAAUGCCUGUACAUGUCCUCAAAUCUCUUUAUAGUCAAUCCACUGUACAAGGCAGGUGGGGAGGGGAUGAAGGGGCAGAAAGUAAAAGUUACUCUCAUGGCAGAAGUGAGAAUAAAACUGGGGACUUCCUGUUUUAUAGUUCCUACUGUUAGCGGUUCAGCCGGCGACAGCUGCAGUGAACAAUCCGCACAUUUCCAUUUUUUAUGGCUCUGUGCAACUUGAAUGGGAACUCAUUUUAAGCUAGAAGGAAGGCUAAUAUCGUCCUUCCUUGCCAAGAGAGGCCCCUCUAGAAAUGCAGUUCAAGUCACAUAAUAGAGAAGUCAGGGAACAAUGCUAAUUGUGGAUGAACUUCUUCAUGGCUUCUGCUUCUUUGAACUGAAGCCUGUUCCUUGCCAGCCCUUCAGACAAAGGACUGAUCUGGAAAGACUUUUCUCAACCGCAGAUAUUCUUCUUUUCUGGGAGUCCUACUGGAUCAGACCAAGGACCUAUCUGAUUCAGUAAUCUAUUUCCUACAAUAGUCUACAACAGCAUUUCUCAAGCUCAGCAAUGUUAAGA